UGCCUCUGCUUUCCAGCAUGCAUUUUCCAACAGCUUGGUUGCUAGGUGUUUUAGCGUCCUAUCUGUGUACGGUUGCUAACUAAUGGCUAGUUAAACAAUAUGGUCAGCGAAGCCCAUAAGCCUCGUCUAUAAUGAAUUGUAAACGUUGUAGUCGCGGACGAACACCCUGAAAGCGACAACACUCCAUAUUCACGAAUGUGUGCCAAAAGGCUUUGCAGAAUGCUCGAUGGACAUACCUGAGAUAUUUGAUGAGUGGAUAUUUGAAAAGUUUCGGUCACUCACAUGAGUUCCAGGGGGACAAACAAGAUGGGAGACAUCCUGGCAACAGAAGCCGAUCUUCUAGGGAUGAUCAAGGAGUACCUUAAGUUUCAGGAAUUUGAGGAAACUGUUGACUGUUUUGACAAGGAGUGCAAAAGCAAAGGCAAGCUCAUCUCCAAACCUCAUGUAAAUACCGUCAGAAACUCAAAGAUUACCAGCAUUCAGAAAGACCUUCUUAGUUCUUUUGAUGAUGGAGAUCCCAAAGUGUUCUUUGAACUGUGGACAGAGAAUAUUCCCUCUGAGAUAAAAGACACAGACACCGAAGCCCAGAGCCUGGAGUUCUACCUUCACAUCCACUUCACUAUCUACCCACUGAGGAGGCACCCGGGUAGAGACGACCGAGCUGCAUUUGAGGAGAGGAUUUCCCACUUUAAACGGUACCUGGAGACUCGGGGAGCAGCACUCAGUCAGACCGCAGAGUUUCUCCCUUAUUACGCCUUGCCCUUUGUUCCCGACCCCACUGUCCACCCCUCCUUCAAAGAUCUUUUCCAGGAUUCCUGGAUACCACAGUUGAAGGAUAAGCUGGAGCGAUUUCUGUCUGGGACACUGAAGCCGUCCAACACCCCAAGGCUGCUGAGUUUAUAUAAGGAGGGAGGGAGUGCUAAAGAGGCCAUGCAGCAGUUGCACCUCCAACUAAUUGAAUCGGACCGGCGCAUCACUAGCUACGUGCGCAAGUUACACAAGAUGCAGGCCGACCAUCACAACCUGAUCGGAAUCAGCGCCGAGCUGGUCGACUCUUUGGAGGCCACCGUCAGUGGAAAAAUGAUCUCCCCCGAGUACCUGCAGAGUGUGUUUGUUCGCCUGUUCAGCAGCCAGAUGAGGCAGAGCGUGGUGCAGAGCACUGACUUCACCAGGCCUGGCACCGGAUAUUACUCUAUGAGUCCCUAUGAUGAUGGCUAUGCCUCCUCGAUGCUACGAGCAUCCAUCGCGCCACAGAAAUCCAGGGAGGUGCCAAUGCUGCCCUCAGUGGACUACGACAAGCUGAAGGAAGACCUGGUCGACGGCUCAGACCGACUCAAGGCCCUGCUGCUCCAGGCGCUGCGCUGGAGACUGACUCGCUCCCUCCCUGGUGAACAGAGAGACACAGUACUUCAGGCCUUUAUCAGCAACGACCUGCUGGAGCGCUACAGCACAAAACAGAAAACUUUGCUUCAAUUGAUGAGAUCGAAGAACGAGAUUGUCCGGCAAUACAUGGCUCGUCUCAUCAAUGCGUUUGCUUCCUUAGCAGAAGGUCGGGUUUACCUCUCCCAUAUCCCCGUUCUUCUGAAACUUCUGAUAGAGGCGCUCAAGACGGAGGAUAAAGACUCUCUGACGAGAGAGAAUGUGCUGGUGGCGCUGCAGAAGCUUAGCCUCAGGAGGAGCCAGCAGACUGCCAUGAUAGCAGCCAAUCUGAUUGGCUGGCUGGUAGAUGAGCUGCAGGACUCCGACUGCCUGAGUGACUACACCCUGCAGUAUGCUGCCGCUCUGCUCAUGAACCUGUGUCUGCGGACAAAAGGAAAAAGGAAGUGUGCAGAAAAUGCCAGGCAUGUGCUAAAGGUUCUAACUGACGUCCUUGGCCAUGAGAACCAUGAGAUUCGACCAUAUGUGAACGGAGCUCUGUACAGUAUCCUGUGUAUUCCCUCUGUGCGACAGGAAGCAAAAGAGAUGAGUGUGGAGGAGAUUCUCCACUGUUACAGCAAAGAGGAGAACCCAGACCUCAACAGACAGAUUGGUUUCAUCAUUAAACAGCUAAACUCAGCGGAAGAAGAGGGACCAGAGUCAGAUGAUGAGGAAGAUGAGGACGACAAUGAUGAAGACCUAAUGGAGGCAGACCUCGAUGCAGAAGAAGUCCUCCAACCACAGCCCAGGGAACCGUCUGGGGAGAGUCUGCUCACUACAGAGUACCUGGGAAUUAUGACCAACUUGGCGAAAGUGAAGAGGAAGUCAACCCCUCUGUCCCAACAGAGUGCUGACGAACCCCUACAACGGCCAGUCACGCCCAGCUCUCACCGUCAGUUCAACGCAGUGGAUUAUCGGUCCGACGGUCGAGGUAUUGAGGGUAACAGGGAAUUCCCCUUUAGCAGACAGAAGAGCGAGGAAGGAAGCCUGCCUCCUUCUCGAUACUACUCCCGACCUCCUACACGCUCCGGCAGUCGCCCCAGCACUGCUGACUCCCUACGCCACAGUGUCGACUCAGAGUGCGGCCGGUUGUCCCAGGAGUCAGAGUUGGACGGGCCAUUCGAGGGGCAAUCCAGAAAAAGUUGUUCCCAGGAGGAACACAACGGACAGUCUGGCAGUGAUUAUGUCCCUGCAUUUACAAGCCAGCCCAAGACUCCCCGCACACCUGACUCAGCACCCGGCCAGAGCGUGGGGUCUCCCCGGGCUCGAGGCCCACCGCUGGCCCCCAAGUUCUCCACCUCGGAGCCUCAGCAGAGCAGCCGGCCGGGCUCCGCAAGCUCCACAGGUGAAAGGAUACAACAAGGUGGAAGUAAGCACAUGCACGCAUGUUGUUUCUGGUUGGACUGUCCAACAUAACAGGAAAUAGAUGUAGACAUUAAUCAAUAACAGGCCGAGUUGUUCAUUUAGGGGGUAUAACGUGAUUAUGCCGAUUAUUACGUGGUAUUCGGGAUCACAAUAAAACUCUCUGCCGGUCUCACUGAUUUAAAAUCCUGGAUAUAUUUUGAAUUUUCCUGCUCUCUUUGAAAAAAACUGAAAUAACAUGAAAGAAGACAAAAGUGGAAUAUACUAUGAGAAGACAUAUCAGGUUCUGGUUGCUGUGGAGCACACUUUAGUUACACAUUGUGAUUCAGUAGUUUCAUAUAGGAUUUUGAUAGUAUCAUUUUGUUAGCAGUACAUACAUGACUUGAAAAACAGUAGGAAAUUAGUUUUAAUCUGGCCAUAUGUAUUAUCUCCGCAUCUUAAACUUAUAACUUGAGUCACUGCAGUGAGGAGGGCCUGAACCGCUGCUCUGAUGCUUUUAGUUGGGGUGAUAGCAUCUCCCCAUGCUCUCAUGCAUCUUAACUCCAUUUGAUAAGCGAUUACCUCUGGCUCUUACCCCGGCUGCCCUUACCAUGAAGCCUGCAAUAGGGCCUAAUGGUUUUCCCAAACCCGCACAUCUUCCUGUGUGUGUUGUACUUUCAAGGUCUGGCAAGUGUCAGAUAUUUAUUGAUUUUUAUGAGUCACUUAAUUGUAGCUCCACUUAAAGGCCACUAAGCAGGCGCACAUGACAAGGCAAACUAAAUAAGUACACUUUUAUUGGGAGCAUCUUAGCUUAAAUGGGUAUGUUCCCUGCUAGCUCCCUGCAGUUUUUUUCUCUUUUCUUUGGGUCUUUUCAAUAUAUUUUUUUUCACUUCGAUCCAGUUGCUGCGGACUGUCAGGUGUUAUUAUGACUGAUGUUUUCAGCUUAGCCGAGUCUGGCCAACCACAUGCUGAGACAGGCCCACUUUUGUAUAACACAUCCGUUGUGACUGACAGAGACACUCCUUUAGAACGAGGGAUAGAAGAGGCUUUUUUUCUAGCUGACCACCCACUCAGCCAGCUCAAACAAGGAGGGGAGCUGCCACUGCAUCGCCACAUUGAGAGGACGGAAAAUGACUGCAUUAUCCUUCCCCAGUCCUGUUGACAAGGCCGACAUCACGUGAUGACAGUUCUCUGUUAUGUUGCCGUGCUGCAGUGUCUUCGGAUUGUCACUUUGGAGUGAAAGAAAUAAGAUAUUAGGUUUUCUUUUCUCCCAAAUAGGAAGGAAAUUAUAGAACGGAACCAAAACCUUGGAUUUUAAGUUAUUAUCAGGAUGAUAACCAAUCUUAAACCGGAUUACCUAAGCUAAAAGGAAUUGAAAAAUAUAGUUUUACUGUCAAAUAAUGUUUGAAUAAUGACUAAUAAAGGUGUUUUUUAGAUUAUUUAGCUGAAGGGAGGAAAACAAACAAGUUCAAGAGUUAGCACUGGUAGCUGCUGGCACUGGUAGCUGUUAGCACGGGUAGCAGCUAGCACUGGUAGCUGUUAGCACGGGUAGCAGCUAGCACUGGUAGCUGUUAGCACGGGUAGCAGCUAGCACUGGUAGCUGUUAGCACUGGAAGCUGCUAGCAUUGGUAGCUGCUAUCACUGGUAGCUGUUAGCACUGGUAGCUGUUAGCACUGGAAGCUGCUAGCAUUGGUAGCUGCCAGCCAUGUUUAGAGCGCAGUCAAAAUAGGACUGUUCUUCACCAUCUCUUUUCCCCCAACCCCACAUCCCUCCUUCUUUCAGGCAGCCUGUUGAACAGGAGGUGAAAAGAGAGCUAUUCCCAUGGAGGAGCCCUAUCUUCCCGGGGGCUUCAUGCUUCCUGUAACAUCAUCCAUGUUGUGAACAGGGUCAGGGCGACAGAGAUGGCCGAGGAUCAGCAGCAGCGGGAGUAGUCGCUCAAACAAUGCAAAGCAUUGUGCCCCUCCAUUUUUUUUCUUCCCCCAUUUGGCCUCACCACAGACUUGGAACAUGAUAUAGACAAUAACCACAACCCCCAGCCGUCCAACCCUGUGCAACUUUCUCCACGCUCAUCAAGGUGAUGGUGGGCACACCUAAAUAGGUGCAACAUCCUCCAGCUAUAAAAAGAAUAGUCAAGAGGCGGGUAAUCUAACUUGGAAGAAUGGCCAGUCUUAAAGUAAAUCUACAAUAUUUUUUAUGUUCAAUAUGUUUUUGCCUAGUUUUAACCACUCAAGAACUGGCAGGAAUGUUUCCGGUUAUCUGACAGAACUAGACAGAGAGAUUCAAUGUAUAUCAUCAUUUUUCUGUUAAUAUCCCAUAGGAUAUUGCAUUGGAAAUCAUGAAGGGAAACUACUCCUUUGUCUUUGAAUUUAUUGUACAGAUAUUAAAAACAUUGUUUUUUUUCAGUUUUCAUCUUGAUUACAUUAAUCUGAAACCUUAGCUUUUCACUACGUACUGUAUAUUUAUAUUUUUGACUGGUUGAAAAUAUCGAUCCACAUGAACGAAUAAUUGUACAGGCUUCGCUUCAAAUGAAAAGGCAUUAUUUCAUAUCAGAGUUGCUGCUCUCGUUUGACUUAUGCUUUAGGAUGUGUUAAGAGACAGACGUGUCGUCAGUCCGGUAGUGUUUUUGUUGUUGUUUGUAAUAUUUAAUAGAUAAGUGUUUAUUGCUAUUAACAUACACAGCAAUCCCCACAUCAGACAAAAAACAACUUUGUGAACAUCUUUUUGUUUUCCAGCAUUGAAGUUGUAUUUGUAAUUUGAUAGUAAUUCAUUUGAUUACUGUUUGUUGUUUUAAAUAAAUUUGUGACAUGUCA